AUGUCAUUCUCUGCAAAGACAGGAUCUAAGGGAAGAGGACUGCAACACAGAAGGACAGAAAAGCAAUCAACCAUCUGCUUGCAGCAAAUGAAUGUAGAUCCUUCAGAUGAUGAAGCUGUUUGGAAAGCAAGUAAUAACAGGACAACAACACAUCAAGAUUCAGAUUCCAAACCUGCUGUGGCGAAGAAAAGAAAGCAGCCUACAGAAUGUUUUCUAAGUCAACCUGAAGAAAAACAAGAGAGCACUGUAAAGGCAAAGAGGAGAAAGAAGAAGAAAAUUUCUGAUAUUCUGGAAAAAUCUGCUCCAAAACCUGGUGUCCCUGCAGACCUGCAAAAUCUGCUUAGUCAACAUUUUGGGGAAAACCGUUCAGUGAUUGAAAUAGAGGAAUUAAAGUUGUCAGAUUCCUGUUUUUUGCCAGCCAAUGAUCUCACCCACAGUUUUUCUUCAUACCUGAAGGAAAUCUGUCCUAAGUGGGCAAAACUCCGUAAAAACCACAAGGAGAAGAAGUCAGUGGUGAUGCUGGUUAUCUGCAGUUCUGCCCUUCGCUCCUUGGAACUCAUCAAGUCAAUGACAGCAUUUAAAGGAGACUGCAGAGUUCUCAAGUUGUUUGCAAAGCACAUAAAGAUAAAAGAACAGAUGAAUAUGUUGGAGAAAGGCGUGUUCCAUAUUGGGGUUGGAACUCCUGGGAGAGUAAAAGCGCUAGUGGAGCAAGAUGGCCUGUGCCUGAACUCCACAAAAUAUAUGAUUUUGGAUUGGAACUGGAGAGAUCAGAAACUAAGGAGAAUGAUGGAUAUCCCUGAGAUAAAGAAAGAAACUAUUGACCUCCUGGAGAUGAGUAUUAUAAAGCUGUGCAGAGAGGGAUCUGUGAAGCUGGGACUCUUUUAAAUGAUUUUAUCCACAAGGAAGUAAUUUGCAGCUGCAUUUUACUGUUAUCAUGUCUGCAGUUGGCAAGUGGUUAACUGGUGAUGGAAUCAUAAAUUUUGACUUUUCAGAGGUCUGUCAACACAGAAAGAACACACAUUGCAACUUUUUCUGUUUCCUUCUCUUUUAAUAAUAAAACAGAAGUUUUGGUUGUA